GGAAAAAGAAGAGAUGCUCUCAUUCAGCUUAGACGCAGAAGAGAAAGGAUCUCUCUGCAGCUCUCAUAUAAUCACAUUUUUAGGAGCUUCUCCAUGUCCUGUGUAAUGCACCUAUGUGAAAUUCAUGACAACCUGGAGCUUCCUGUCAAACUGAUAUGUUGCUGUACAGGAAGACAUCAUGACUGAGGAAAAGAACAUUUUUGGAUUGACUGCUCGUCAUGUCAUGGAUUUUCCUCUUUCUCUUUACAACUCAUUUACACAGCUAAAACCUACUCCUGGCCUAAAGAAAAUUAUCGCAGUAGCAGCAAUAAGUGGAGUCUCUCUCAUUUUCCUUGCCCGUCACCUUAAAAGAAAACGGGGGAAAAAGAAAAGCAACAUGCCACAAAUAGAACCAGGGCAGUUCAUUUUACAAUGUAGCAGACACUUUGCAGAAAAAGGAUCCAGCUGCUCCAGUAGUAGGCAAAACUUGACUCUGUCCCUAAGUUCAAUCAAGGAGAGGGGAUCACUGUCACAUCUCAAUGGAGAACUUUGUAGUAAAUAUUCUGGUUCUGUGCAGAGCUUAGCAUCGGUGCAAAGCAUUAACUCCUGCCAUAGCUGUGCUUGUAUACAUUCUAAUUCACUGAAUAAAACUGAUGAAGAUGAAACAAGACUUGUAAAUUUCCCGGUUACUACUCCAGAAAACCUGUACCUCAUGGGAAUGGAACUGUUUGAGGAGGCCUUAAGGCGCUGGGAGCAGGCGCUGACUUUUAGGAGCAGACAAGCUGAAGAUGAAGCCAACUGCAGCUCCAUUAAACUUGGAGCAGGAGAUGCCAUAGCUGAAGAGAACGUAGAGGAUAUUAUCAGUGCUGACUUCAUUCAUAAACUCGAGGCCUUGCUUCAGAGGGCGUAUCGUCUUCAGGAAGAGUUUGAAGCCACCCUUGGAGCCUCAGAUCCUGCAUCUCUAGCAAAUGACAUUGAUAAAGACACAGAUAUAACAGUGAUGAACAAUGGUGGUGAUUUCCAACAGCGAGACACAUUAAGUAUUGCAUCCACAGACUCUUUUCUAUCAGCAGCCGAGCUCUCGGAUAACCAAGAACUGAGACCUACACGUGGACUGGGCUCUCUUUAUCACAAUGCUCUGUAUGAGGAAGCUAUGCAGUUAGUAGAGGAAGGAAAAGUUCACUGUAGAGCGCUUCGAACCGAGAUGCUAGAGUGCCUUGGUGACAGUGAUUUUCUUGCUAAACUUCAUUGCAUUCGUCAGGCUUUUCAGGAAAUUUUUUUGCAAAGAGAAAAUAGAAUAUUUUUAAUGGGCACAGGAAGAAAACUCUUGUCAACUUUGAUUGUCAAAGCUAGAAAGAACCCAAAGAAAUUUGAAGAUGCCUACUUUGAAAUGAUGUGUUUCUUGGAGCAGUCUGAGUCAUGGGAUACAGCAGAAAUAGAACUGUUUAGUCGAGGGGUGAAAUGCAUUAACUUCUAUGACAUUGUCUUGGAUUUCAUUGUGAUGGAUUCUUUGGAAGAUCUUGAAAAUCCUCCUUUAUCAAUACAGAAUGUUGUUAGGAACCGGUGGCUAAACUCCUCCUUUAAAGAGACGGCUGUGACUUCAAGCUGCUGGUCUGUUCUAAAGCAGAAGAAGCAACAGAUAAAGGUGGCCAAUGGAUUUUUUGCAAAUUUCUAUACUGUUUGUGAGCAGUUGUGCCCGGUUCUGGCAUGGGGCUUCCUGGGACCUAGAAGCUCAUUACAUGAUUUGUGUUGCUUUUACAAGGAUCAAGUCAUGUUCUUCCUGAAAGAUAUCUUUGACUUUGAGAAGGUCCGCUAUUCUAAUGUGGAACAUUUGGCAGAGGACAUCAUGCAGUGUCUGCAACGUCGCGCAGAACUCACUGUAGUUUACACAGGAGAAGAAUCAGCAAAGCGCCCACCUGUGCUAAUGUAACAGCCUGUCAAAUGGAUUUCACAGAGACUGACUUGUAAUAGUGACUGAUUCCUUAAAUGCGCCAAUGCACUGCCAAUUUCAUUCAUCUUUAAUGGUUUUAAAAGAACAGUAAUGUCAAAAAUGAAAGUGAUUUAAAGUAAAUAAAAUCUAAUGUACUGUUAGCCUACACUGGUAAAAGUUGUGUGUUUGCUUAAGAAAUGCUUCUGUAGUUUCAAUAAAAAAGCUGCUUUGUAGCCAUGGGGCCAACAUUCAAGUUGAAAUAAGGCUCAAUGGCAAAUGUUAAAUAGCAGAUAACAGAUAAGCUCUAGAGAAUACAAUGGUGUUCUGCAGCACUAAUCUGUUAUCUGCUAUGUAACCUGUGCCAUUUAGCCCAAUUUCAACUUAGCAGCCCCAUGGCUACACAGCAGCUUGUUUAUAUGAACUAUAGUAGUUUCUGCAGGGCAACAGUACAUUAUACAGUAAAUAAAGUACCCCCUUUUGUGAAAUAUAAGGAUAUUAAAAGGCAUUAAUGAGUUCCAUGACCAUAUAAAGGCCAAGUGCUUUUGUACAGGUCAUGGAACUCCAAGGUACAUAUACAUAAGUUGCAGUAUGUCAUGUGACAGAAAUUACAUCACUGAGCACCAAUAAUAAUAAGGAUAUAAUUUACAGGUUGUUUCUUCAUGGCUUUUGUGUAUUGUAUGUUAAUUACUUUGAUACACUUUCACUUGUUGGUGUUACUGUUGCUUAAGGCUAAUGUCCCAUGGAGAGAUUAGUCGCUGCGAUUUUUAAAAAGCGAGUUCCAACUCGUCUUUUCCUAACAAGCGAUUACUAUAGAUUUCUACAACGGAGCGAUUCUAUUUCCCACAAAUCCAGGUGCCAUAUUCCCCACCCACAAUUAGAAAUUACAUUCAGUGAAAUGGGGAAAUCGCAGCGACUUCCCGGGAGCUCAGUGGGUUUUACUUUCAGUGAUUCCAGUAGUUUUGAAUGACAGUGCUUUCUUUAUAAAAUCACUCGAAAAAUGGUCUCAUAGUUGGUCUCAUAGUUAUCGUUGGUUUAGAUACUGGCAAAUUAUAUUCUUCUCUAUGUAGAGACAAAAUUAGCGACCUGUUGCUGGAACUCGCUUUUUAAAAAUCGCAGCAACUAAUCUCUCCGUGGGACGCUAGUCUUACAGCUAUUUGUAAAUGUUACUGCAGCUGAAAGCAGUAUUUCUGUGUGCCUUUCUGUUCUUUAAUACUGACUCAGAGAGGAGAACUGAUGCAGAAGUAAGUUUUCCUUUAGGUUUGUUAAUCAGCUAUUAUUUUUUUUUUAUUAUUAUUAUGUGUGGAGAUCACCUUUAAAGGUUUAAGGUCUUGCAAUGCAUAUUAGCCUGCUCAGGAGCAUCACUUCCAGCUAUUUAUCAUUUAUUUGUUUGUAUACAUUUUAAAUGAUUCAUAACAGAGCAUGGUAACACAUUUUAAAUUGAAUAGAAUGAAUGUACAAAAUGUAUUUUUAAACCAUCCAAUUAUUCUGCUCUGAAAUUGCUAAAAGUUAAUUGAAAAGACCUUGCUUGUCCUUUCACAUCUAAAAGUACAUCCCAUAUGCUGAUUACAUUGCACUCAGGGAGAAUUUGAUGGUAACAGUACCAACAGCAUUGUGUGUGCACUGCUUAUAAUGUGUAAUUGAUCCCAUAUUGUUUUAUUUUGGGUAGCUGUCACUUAUUGCACUUUACCAUGUGUGCAUUUAAUACUGCCUUCUGGCAGGCAGUCUUUAACAAAACCCCACAAAAACCCUGCACACCAGAAAAAACUUCCCCAGGGAGGUAUUUAUAAUUAAAAAAAACAUUUUAUUCAUUUAAACAUGAUACAGAAAAAAGUAUCAAACUUUAAACAUUGUAUAUCCAUCAAAAAGCAAAUAAAUACAUACCCCCAGUGUAAUAACUGAAAAACAAGAUAUGAAGGCAGAUACUGUGGAUGAGAGAAUACCCCAACGUUUCGGCUCAAGCGCCUUUGUCAAGGCAGUCUUUAACAUCCAAGUAAGGCUAAUUACUUUGACGCACGUUAACAGAAGUUAUUGGUUAUAAAGCUACAGAAAGUGUCAAGUGUCAAAUUCAGGACAAAGUAGUGUAGUUGUUAAUAUAGAAAAAUAAAUGUCAUCAGUCAUCAGGUUUUUCUCUUAUUUAGCCAAACAGGAAUUUGUCGUUACUUUCAUUGCAGUUUUUCAUUGCUUAGCAGUUAGCACUAUAUAAGUUGACAGCACUACAGCAAUAUAUAAGUUCAACUCUGUAGUAAUUUCCUUUAUAAAUUGGGCAAGUGAAGAAAAAAAUAGUUGAUGUAGUAGUUGCAUUGAAGGGGUAUCAGCUGAACAGUUCCUUCAAACUGACAAGGUUAUAUACUUGGUGGCACAUGUUUGGGGGUGUGGCUAAUAAAGGGUCAGGUGUUUUAGCAGACAACUGAAUAAAUUGAUCACCCAUGGAGCCCGAUUGCCAUUUUGCCUGUAAGGGCUUAUACACACAAGCAUUUUUUCCUGUGCUCCCCUGCCGUGGGUCUCCUGCCUUCCACUGCAUUCCAUUCUUCCUAAUGGGUUGUACUAACAAAGGUGCAUGUAAGCACCAAAUGCAGGUGGAACGCAACAUGCUGAAUUCCACGUGCGUUUGGUACUUACAUGCGCCUGACAUUUACGUGGCCAGAAGUGUUUCUAGUGUUUUCAGAAUUUGAAUGGAUUGCAAGUGGAAAGUUGGCUAUAUUGUACCCACAAAGGCAAAAACUCAAUCCAGUUUUUACCAAGUGACCUACAUCAUAUGGGUCAGCUUAUAAAGAUAUCUAGCAUUCCAGGCAUAUCCCAAGACAAGACUGCUGUGUUUUUUACCUACAGAGUAAGUGGAUCCAUGACCAAUGGGGAUUAAUACAUGACUCCAUGGAAGCAGAAAAUGUUAUUAUAACAUUUUCUUAAUUGGACUAUGAUACUUGAAGGGGUUGUUCACCUUUAAGUUAACUUUUAAUAUGUUGUAGAGUGGGGGUCCCCAACCUUUUGUACCCAUGAGCUACAUUUAAACAUAAAAAUGUUGGAGAGCAGAACAAGGAUGCAAAAAGUUCCUGGGGGUGCCAAAUACAGGCUGUGAUUGGCUAUUGGCAGCCAAAUGAUGACUGGCAGCCUAUAGGAGGCUCUGUUUGGCAGUGUACCCUGGUUUUUCUGUAACCAAAACUUGCCUCCAAGCCAGAAAUUCAAAAAUAAGCACCUGCAUUUGGGCCACUGGGAGCAACAUUCAGAUGGUUCAUGAGCAACAUGCCACUGGUUGGGGAUCACUGUUGUAGAGAGUGCUACUCUAAAACAAUUUUCACUUGGUCAUUAUUUUUUCUUGUUUGUGGUUUUUUUUAUUCAGCAACUCUCCAGUUUUAAAAUUGUAGCAGUUAUAUGGUUGCUAGGGUCAAAAAUAAGCAUAGCAACCAGGCAGUGGUUUGAAUGAGAACUUGAUUUUGAAUAGCAGUGAGUCUGAAUAGAAAUAUAAGUAAUUAAAAGUAACAAUGAAAUUGUAGCUUCAAAGAGCAAUAGUUUUUGGCUGCUGGGGUCAGUGACCCCCUUUUAAAAAAAAGAGGAAAACAAAUAAUUAAAAAAUGAAGACCAAUUGAAAAACUGCUAAGAACCAGCCAUUAUAUAACAUACUAAAAGUUAACUUACAGGUAAACCACCCCUUUAACAUACAUUUGGUCAACUGCUUUCCUGGUGGGGCAUUAUCAAGACUUAGGGGCCCAUUUACUUACUCACGAACCGGCCGAAUGCGUCCGAUUGCGUUUUUUUUCGUAAUGAUCGGUAUUUGGCGUUUUUUUCGGAAAAUUAUCGCGACUUUUUCGUUGCCAUUCUGAAUGUUGCGCAAAAUCUGGCGAUUUUUUCGUAGCGUUAAAACUUGCGCGAAAAGUCGCGCCUUUUUCGUAGCCAUUCCGAAAGUUGCGCAAAAUGUUGCAAUUUUUUCGUAGCGUUCGGAUUCAUUCAGGCUUCAGUAUGGUGACUUUUCUUGGGCCAGGUUGGAGCUGCAGGGUGCCAUUGAGUCCUAUGGGAGGCUUCCAAAAUCAUGCUAAGUCUGAAAGUUUCGCCCGCCGCUUACGAGCGCUCAAUACGAAAAAGUCGCGACAAGAUACGAGCAAAUCAUAAUGGCUACGAAAAACUCGCGUUUUUUUGCGAAAAUCGUAUUGGUAACGAAAAAGUCGCGACAAUUUCCAAAAAGUCGUAAAGGCGCUGAAAAAAUCGCAAAAAAUAUGAAAAAGUCGCAAAAUGUUCGUUUUCCAAUCGGAAUUUUUCCAAUUCGGAUUCGAAUUCAUGUCUUAGUAAAUCAGCCCCUUAGAUUCAAAACAGGCUGUUCCAUUUCUAGUUCACAAAGUGUCAAACUGCUCCAUACAGGACAUAUAAAAAGCACUGCAGCAGUCCUCUGGAAUUUCCAUAAUGCCAGUACAGGCCAUAGACAGAUUAAUGCAGACCUCCUGUGCAUAGCAUGUCCCUGCAAUAUCACAUAUUUUGUGUUGUAAAAGCAAGAGAGUGUUACAACACAGUGUAAGAAAAAACUAUGGGAAAUGAUAUGUGCCUGGGACUGUAAAUAGAAAAUGUAAAAGCAUUAUGAUUUAUUUGUACCUAUUACAUGUGUUUUUGCUUUACAAAAAUAACUUCUGGUGUGUAUUGCUGUUUAUUUGUGCGUGCAUUUCUGUAUAAAGGGAGUUGUGCAUGUUCUAGUAUCAGGCUAAUCUACUAUACUUUUAUAUUCAGUCAAGUAAUGAAAGACACUUAUGUUGUUUAUAAUACUCUUAAAGGACCUAAUAUGGAGAGAAUAGUUUACAGCACUGUUUACAUUUUAAAGGACCAAUCUAAUAUUUGUGUAUGGCUACCAGAUAGGAAACUUUGCCCCACAGUGUCAUGUGAUGUUGCCCAAUGGUGCAGCCUGUGGCCAGUACUAGACUUUAAACACACCAGCACAGACUGCAUUUGGCACUGUAACCAAUUGUUCUGAGCCUUGUCACAUAAACAAAGACAGGACUCACUUCUUGCCUCUGCCAGCUCCUAUCAAGAGCUAGCCAUAUUGGACAGAGAUACACUUGGCAAACUAGUUACCUGGGUAGCCCUGGGUUUAAAAAAAAUGGCUGUCCUGCAACUAGAGGCAAAGCACUGUAGGUCUGCAGUAGAAUAGCAUUUGCAGUAGCCAUCAUUCUGCUCUUCUACAUGAUAUCCUAGAGGUGAGGACAUUACUGAUGUUUUUAAGCAUGCCAACUGAUCAUCAAGGAUUUCUGUGUGAAUAGAGUUAGUGUCAAUCACAUAAAUAAAAGCAAGAGCAGCGUAGCUUGUUUAUCUUAUAUCAAAAGCAUUUAUCUUCACUGUCUACUAUAGUUUUAUUAUACAAAACAAUAAAGCACAAUUUAAUUUUAAUACAGUCACAUAGAACAGGCCUACAGCUGCUGUAACUACAAUAGCAAUUUUAUAUAACAACGAACAACUAGUAGAGGCAUUUAUGACCGAUCCCAGCAUCAAUUGAUUCUCACAUAUAAAAGAGGAGCAACUGCGGGCAGGAAAGGGUGUUUGGUGUUUACUGUAACUGUUGUCUCUGAGGGUCACACAAGCAAUAGGGCACAAAAUGCCACUGUUAUCAUUAUUACCAAACGAUAAAUACAUAAAUGGACUUCUAUUUAUCUGAAAUGCUUUAAGCAUUGUCAUUUCCAUUAUCCAAAAAUGUCUAAUAUCAAGCAUCUGACAAUAAUUCAUACUAGGCAGGAGAUCUGCGCUCAUAAAAUGAAAAAAAAAACGUUAUUUUUUCAGCAUUUUUUAAGUGUCUAUCCUGUUUACACAUGAAUAUUUUAAGAGUUAAAAGUAUAUUUACAGAAAUAUUUGAGCCGCGGCAAAUUUAAACCAAUAUUGUUGAAUGUGGAACAUUUUUGCAUUGCUCAGUGAUAGUAUGUGUACUGUAUUUUUGUGACAGCUUUCUAUUUGACAAUUGUAUUGAUAAGAAAAAAAAAUGAAUAUAACAAAUGUCCUGCUUCACACAUGUAUAACUUGGAUAUUUUUUGCUAAUAAAUAAAAAAAUGAGACCUC